AGAUCGCGCAUUAUUGGCACGGACGUGACCUCAGGUUGUCGAUGAGUUUAUUUGUAAUCUAUUCUCUCCCAUCAGUUCCGUAUAUCGAAAUCGACAAGAGCUGAAUGCGACCAAUGCGAGUAUGCGACGACCAAAUGUCAAGACGCCAAUUCAGCUCUUGUACUGCUCCAGUUAACUCGAAGGAUUGCACUGGAGCAGUACAAGCUGCGUCAGAAUAGCUUGAGCUGCAACGAUGGAUCUCACGGCCUGGCCACCGCUCCUCUUGCUCAUCACUCUCUUGCUCUCGCUCGCAGCUUCGCUCCUCUUCUUGCUCAGCAGCCGCCACGGCGUCGACAAGAAGGCGACUGGUAAGGAGCUCCCCCCAGGCCCGCCGGCGCUGCUCUUCCUGGCCAAGUUCCUAGCACUCCGGCAGUCCAUCUUCCACCUUGAGCCGCUCCUCCGCGACCUGCACGCGCGCUACGGCCCCGUCAUCUCCAUCCGCCUCUUCCGCGCCCUCGUCUUCGUCUCCGACCGCCGCCUCGCCCACCGCGUCCUCGUCCAGGGCGGCUCCACCUUCGCCGACCGCCCGCGGCUCUUCGAGCCGGGGCUCCUCUUCACGUCCGGCUCCCGCAACAUCAACGCCGCGCCCUACGGGCCUUACUGGCGCCUCGUCCGCCGCAACCUCGCCUCCGAGGCGCUGCACCCGGCCUGCGUCAGCCAGUUCGCGCCCGCGAGGCGCCGGAUGCGCGACACGCUCGUCCGCGACCUCCGCGUGCGCGCCGGCGCCGGAGACCCUGUAGAGGUGAGGACGCUGCUCCGGAACGCCAUGUUCGACCUGCUGGUGUACAUGAGCCUCGGCGCCAGGCUCGCCCCGGAGGUGCUCGACGAGAUGCAGGACAUGCAGCUGUGGGUCGUCCGCACCAUCACCGGCUUCCCCAUCUUCUCCUUCUUCCCGGCGCUCACCAAGAGGCUCUUCCGCGAGCGAUGGGAGGCGCACCUUGCCGUCCGCCGGAGGCAGGACGAGAUAUUGCUCCCGCUGAUCGAAGCAAGGCGCUCUGUUUCCGUGCCCCGCGGCGCCGAUGACCCGCCGUGCUACGCCGACUCGCUUCUUGCGCUGCGCGUGGCGGACGAAGGCGACCGCCCGCUCACGGACUCUGAGCUCGUCAGCCUCUGCUCCGAGUUCUUGAGCGGUGGCACGGACAGCACGGUGACCUCGCUGGAGUGGAUCAUGGCGGAGCUGGUGAACCAUCCGGACAUGCAGGCCAAGGUCUACGAGGAGGUCAGGAGCAAGCCGGAGCUCAGCGAAGGCGACCUGCAGGGGAUGCCGUACCUGAAGGCCGUCGUCCUCGAGGGGCUGCGGCUCCACCCACCGGCCCACUUCCUCCUCCCUCACGGCGUACAGAGCGACACGGAGAUCGGCGGCUACAGGGUUCCCAAGGGAGCGGAGGUCAACUUCCUGAUCGCCGAGUUCGGGCGCGACGAGACGGUGUGGGCGGCUGCACGGGAGUUCCGGCCGGAGCGGUUCCUGGACGGCGGCGAGGGAUGCGGCGUGGACAUCACGGGGAGCAGAGAGAUCAAGAUGAUGCCCUUCGGAGCGGGCCGCAGGAUGUGCCCGGGGUACACGCUCGCCAUGCUGCACCUGGAGUUCUUCGUCUGGAGCCUCGUGAGGGAGCUGGAGUGGCUGCCGGCGGCGGACGGGGAGGAGGUGGACAUGACCGAGGUGCUGGAUUUCACCACCCUCAUGAAGCAUCCCCUCCGUGUUCGAGCCAUCCCAAGGACUUGAAGCUGCGUCUCAUCCAUGCUGCUCUCCGUCGGUGUCUA